AUGAUUUCGAAUCAGUUCGAGAGUAAAACGGACGAUGCUACCAGCCUUAACAUAGUAAUUGGAAAUGGUGUAUGGCAUGUUCUAAGCCCUUACAUGUAUUUGAAAAGUUCACAUACGUGCCCAAAGUUCUUUUCCUCUUUCCCGCGAAUCCCUCAUGAGGCAAUUGAUCUCAAGAAAAAGUUAUGGGUUAAGGGAACCGGUUCUGAAAUCCUAAAAAAGUUUACGCUCGUUUAG